GAUAUCAUUGAUGACGCAGUCAAAAGUGGACCACCACGUUCCCUCCCACCGAGAAACUGCUUGACUUUAUAGUAUUAUUGCCUAUAUUGUUUACUUGAAACAUUUAUCCACUAGUUGAUCGCAAAGGUGGCGAUGGCUGCUCCGCUGAAAGUAUGUAUUGUUGGUUCAGGAAACUGGGGCUCCGCUAUUGCAAGAAUUAUUGGCUCCAAUGCACAGAAACUCCAGUGCUUUGCCACAACAGUCAAGAUGUGGGUGUUUGAAGAAACGGUCAAUGGGAAAAAGCUUUCUGAGAUCAUCAAUACAGAGCACGAGAAUGUCAAGUAUCUUCCAGGCUACAAACUCCCAGAGAAUGUGGUUGCUGUGCCGCAGCUUCGGGAUGCGGCGGAUGGUGCCGACCUCCUGGUUUUCGUGGUCCCUCACCAAUUCAUCCGGAAACUGUGCGAUGAGAUGGUCGGCUGCGUUUCGGAGAAGGCUCGUGGAAUUACACUAAUCAAAGGCAUAGAUGAAGGACCAGAAGGAUUGAAGCUCAUCUCUGACAUCAUCCGGGAAAAAAUGGGCAUCGAUGUCAGUGUCUUAAUGGGGGCCAACAUUGCUAAUGAAGUGGCGGCCGAGAAGUUCUGCGAGAGCACCAUUGGCAGCAAGGUGUUGGAGAACGGCCACUUGUUCAAAGAGCUCCUGCAGACGCCUAACUUCAGAAUCACCGUGGUGGAUGAUGCUGACACAGUAGAGCUCUGUGGAGCCCUCAAGAACAUUGUUGCAGUGGGCGCAGGCUUCUGUGACGGUCUGCGGUGUGGAGACAACACCAAAGCAGCCGUCAUCCGGCUGGGCUUGAUGGAGAUGAUCGCUUUCGCCAAACUCUUCAGCAAAGACGAUUCCGUGUCCUCCGCCACAUUCCUCGAGAGCUGCGGCGUGGCUGACCUCAUCACCACCUGCUACGGAGGACGAAACCGUCGCGUGGCAGAGGCUUUUGCCAGGACAGGGAAGAGCAUCGAGGAACUUGAGAAGGAGAUGUUAAAUGGACAAAAGCUUCAGGGACCAUUGACUUCUGCUGAGGUUUAUCACAUCCUCAAACAGAAGGGCCUAGUGGAUAAGUUCCCCCUGUUCACGGCUGUUUAUCAGAUCUGUUUCGAGGACAAACCGGUUCAGGACAUGAUCACUUGCAUGCAGAGCCAUCCAGAGCACCUGUGAGUGUCUGACAGGGACCAGAACCCCCGGCGACUGCCCCCCUUCUCCACCCCCGUCCCCUACGGUCUGUUAGGUGCUCCAACCUCUAACACUUCUCAUUUUCUAUUAUAUACUCAUACAAUGUUAGAUUUUAAGCUUCUCUUUUCCAGUUUUUGACUAAUGGUUAGGCUUGAACUCAGGGGUUUGCCUCCGACCUCGCAGGUUUUGUGCAUGACAGAAUGUACGCAGUUUUUCUUUUGGAAAAGCCAUGUGUUGUUCACUCUGUUUGAGCCAAUAUGGAGUUUUUAACUAUUUUCUCUCUGUCUGACUGCCCUCUUGUGGAUGGUCCACAAUAUCACCUCACUGACAGAUGAGAUGAAAUGCCUAUUUUUAUUUUUUUUAAAUGACCAUAGAGAGAUCUAAUCAUAAAAGUUCACUCCACGUCCACAUUGAGAGCAACACGACGCGACUAGAAUCAAUGAAUAGCAUGAGUGUUAAUAUCCUGUUGAACCAGCACAAUACCACUAUCCUUAAUAAAACAGAAAACAGGGGGGUUAUUUUACACAUC